AUGGGGCUCUUUAAUCUUGCCUUAUCCCCACAGUCUGCUCAGCUGCUGCUGCUUCCAGAGAUCCCAGGUGUAAGACAUGAUGGAUUCCCUGUAACAGAGCAAAUACAUCACAGCGGGCGAUACUCCGGGCGAUACUCCGGGCGAUACUCCGGGCGAUACUCCGGGCGAUACUCCGGGCGAUACUCCGGGCGAUACUCCGGGCGAUACUCCGGGCGAUACUCCGGGGCCCGAGAACGCCUCUGUCCGUCUCCUGCUCGCUUCAUAGUUCACUGUCAGCCGCUGUGUUUUCUCCGCCUCUCUCCAGUGACCGCCACCGGGACCGUGCCCACCACGGUGCUGUCGUACUCGGACUACAUCUCCCGAGCCGAGGACCACCAUAGUCUGCUGCGCUUCGACCGUGGCGAGGAGGAGAAGGGGCCUGUCGCGUCCUCAUCAUCGACGACUCUCUGUACGAGGACGAGGAGAGCUUCAACGUGA